AUGAUCUCGUACUUAAUCUUCUUGGCUUGCAUCAACAGAUCUUCGAUGGCCGCUUCCGAUGCAAGCCUACAUGUUCUGGAAGUUUCCGUUUUAAAUAUAUUAAAUAAGGAUACUACCGCUUGUAUACACACAACAUAUCUGGCUCCCUUUUCCUUGCCUAUUUCAUCCUAUAAUGGCGAACAUUCCACUCAUAUUCGAGACGUACUCCUUUACGAGUUCGACUCUGGCCACCCCGCUGCUGAAGCCCAUCAAAACUUAAGUCAAGUACUCGGCACUGAAGCCCCUUCUGAGCGGUUUGUGCGCGCCUGCUUCCAGCGCUUCAAAGCCGGGAACAAGAAACUCGAAGAUGAGCCUCGCUCUGGUCGACCGACUGCAAUAUCGUUCGACGAACUGAAGAAUCUGGCGGAGCAGGAGCAUCCAUAUGAAGGUGUGCGGUAUUUUGCAGCCAGUCUUGGCUGUUCACUGUCCACCGUGAGCAAUGAACUGCGAUCUUUCGGAAUGGUGAACAAGCUCGGUCAGUGGUUCCCACAUGCAUUGAACGGCGGCAACCGCCAAAGACGCCCGGACAUCUGCACUUAUCUGCUCUCCAUAAGCUGCAGACUCGACUGGCUGGACACCAUUGUCACUGGAGAUGGAAAAUGGGUCCUCUACGUCAACCACACCCACAAACGUGCGUGGUGCGCUGGCGAUGAAAUGCCGGAUCCUUUCGUGAAAGGUGAAAUCCAUAAGAAGAAAAACAUGCUGAGAGUCUGGUGGGGGGUUCAUGGAAUCUGCCGUUUCGAACUGCUGCCGGACAACAUGCUAGUUACUGCCGAGGUCUACUGCGCUCAACUGCAAAGACUGGCCGACAAGAUCCGCAAGGAGCACACGAAGCUCGACAGUGUUCGUCUGCUGCACGAUAACGCGCGCCCUCACAUCGCGAAGAAGACUUCUCAGAAGAUUCUGGAGCUCGGAUGGGAAGUUCUAUUGAUAAACACCUUAAUAGGAUCCCACCGUACAGCCCGGACGUGGCCCCGAGCGACUACCACCUCUUCCGAUCGCUUCAGCAUCACCUGGAAGAGAAGCGCUACGAUGAUCGUGACCCCCUCGAAAAUGACCUUUGGGCUUUCUUCGCCUCCAAGUCGCCGGAGUUCUAUGCCAAAGGAAUCCGUGAUCUUUCCGACAAAGUUUGCUGUUCGUGCUGUUAUGGAAUGCUUGCAAAUGGAAUUGAGAGAUCGUGGUCUCGAAGGAAUCGUAUGUUCAACUCUCAAGCUAAGAAGGGUUCCCUUUGUGCACUUUCAGCUGUGUCCAUAUUUUGCUCGCACACCGAUGGUGCUUACGACGGGAAUGAGACCAACAAGCACAUGGUUCCCCUUCAUGAGUGUCGACUCUUGUUCACGUCGGAUGGUGGAUGCUGUAUUGAAGGAGAAGUGUAUUUCCUUCAUGCCAAACUAUGUUACAUUUGUUGCAAUGAUGAAAGGCUUACUUUCCUUCAACACAGCACGUUCAUUGCGGGAGUACCUAGGCAUAAACUAUGGCACAAACUGUGAUGCGGAACUGUCAAAUCGUAGAAGAGUUGAUCAACCGGCAAAUUACUUUUCGACUACCUACAGAUGCUGCGGUCUUUUCGCCACAAACGUUUUGGUCCUUAUUUUUGUUGAGGGAUUAGUCAUGAAAGUACCGAAUGAAAACUUCUGUAUGGUUUAUUCAGUGUACUGUGUCCUCAUGUUCAUACACGUCAUUGAGGGAAUCUAUGUGCUUCAUCUCUGCGACGAAAUGAAAUUCAGCUUCGCCUGUUCUGCCAAAUGGUUUAUCCAAACUCUUCUCGUUGGGUACCCUUCACUACAUAUUCUUGUUGAGUAUGCACAAAUGAGAAGAAAGCUGAAGUAA